AUGACAUGGGCUCGAAGAGCCGAAUCUGCCAGUUUCCACACUUGCAAUGCGAUGAAGCUCUUGUGUCUUGUUCUGAUUUUACCUGCUCUUUUAUUGGCUCAAACUCCGGAUUGCGCUUCGAUUCCGCCAAGUUUGUGGUGUGCUCAAACUGAUAUUAUAAAUCAAUGCGGAUUCGAGAAGAUUUGCGAAAAGCACAAAGCGGCUACUUACAAUCAAAAGAUCAACAUCACUGUUCUCGUCGAAGCCCUUUGCCCAGAUUGCCAGAAUUUCCUUGUUAACCACUUAUAUCCAGUGGUUUACAAGAAUUUCGGAGAAUUUGUGAACAUCCAAUUGGUGCCAUUCGGAAAUGCAAAGAUCCAAGAUGACGGAACUAUUAAAUGUCAACACGGCGAGGAGGAAUGCUCGAUCAAUAAAUUUGAGAGCUGCUUUAUCGAUUCGAUGCAGGAGCAAUCGGCGCUUCCGGCGAUCACGUGCAUCGAGGAAGGACUCAAGGCCAAGGUUCCGUUCGUCGACGCCGCUCAACAAUGUUUCGACAAAUUGCAAAUUGGCCAAGAUGUGCAGAGGCUCACACAAUCUUGUUUGGUGUCGAAAUUGGGCGCACAAUUGCAGGCGGAAGCGGGCAAGGUGACUGAUUCGGUUUGGCCGGAAAAGCACAAGUUCGUUCCAUGGGUUAUCUUCAAUGGAGUCUCGCUUACCAAACUUCAAGGAUUCCAAAAUCAGAUUCCCACACUUCUGUGUGAAUGGUACACCGGCGCGAAGCCGAUUCCAUACUGCGAAGCGUCCCUGAAACUCAAGUUCCGACAAGCCAGCUACCGAUAUAUUAAUUGA